UUAAGGCAACUACGGCUUGAGAGUAAUAUUUUUAGAUGGAUUAGGGAGUCUAAUAGUUUAGUUUUAUCUAAUAUAGUUUGAAAAAAAUAUUUAAAGAGGAUUUGAGACAUUAUAACGGUCAAUCUACAAUAGAUAUGUCAGAAGACUUCUAGUGUAGACUUUAGGAAAUGCUAUUAAGGGAAGUUCAGUUCGAAAGUAAUAUUUGUGGAUGGCUUGUGGAGUCUAAUAAUUUAGUGAGCAUCAAGAAAUUUUAUAUUAAGCGAUCCUUCACCCGAAUCUAGGAACAAGAGAUUCUAACCUAAAAUAUUUAAGAGCCAUUAGUGAAAAAUUGAUUAUUGGACUUCGGUUUGGAGUCCCUUUAUGGUUCUCAACGUGUUAAUAAUACAUUUCUGGGGUAGAUUUCUUAAAAUUACUCAAUUAUUCCCGAUAUAUCAUUGAGAUCGGAUAUUUGCCUUUACUUGUUAACAGUUAAGAAAGAGCUUAGAAACAAUGAGACUAAUACUUUUGCGCAACAGUGUAAGCAGCUGCGCAUGCUUCCGCUUUACGUAAGCGAGCCAGCAAAAUGGGAUCAAAGGUCAUUUAUGUUUAUAGUUUAAUAUUUCUUAAUUUGUAAGCCAACUUGACCUAAGCGUUAAAGUAUGAAGUUUCUACUAAAUUGUCUGUUAAAAAAAUAAAAUAUCCACUUCAAAAUUGAUGAGAGAAUUGUUUACUUUGCUAAAGUGGAGAGUCUUAGACGGUCAUACAUCACGCAGUGAAAAAUACAUAGUUCCAGUAGUAAGUGCCGUUAACCUUAAAGAGUGUUACAAAAUGACGGAGAGCCAACCAGUUGAAUUGCGCAUUCCCGUGCCUUGGGGUUACAUAGCCGGCUGUUGGUAUGGCGAUCAGCUGAGGCGGCCACUGCUCGCUCUACACGGUUGGCAAGACAACGCCGGCAGUUUCGCACGCUUGGCGCCACUUAUCGCAGCGCAUCGAUCCAUUUUAGCUAUCGAUCUGCCCGGUCACGGACGUUCGUCGCACUUUCCCGCCGGCAUGUCGUACCACUUCAACGAUUUUGUACGCAUCGUGCAUCGUGUUGUACGCCAUUAUAAGUGGCCCAAGGUAUCCUUUAUGGGCCACUCAAUGGGCGCCGCUUUGAGUUUUUACUACGCCGCACUCUUUCCGAACUCGGUCGAUAUGAUCAUAGCGAUUGAUGCGUUGACCACGUUAUACUUUCCGCCGCACAUACAAAUCGAUAUGAUGUCCGUUAUGACGGAGAAGGCGUUGAACGAGGAGGAUCGACUGCGGGCACCAGCGCCGGUGCCAAUUUUCGAUUAUGAGAGCUUAACUGAUUUACUUUAUCGCGGUUCGGAGCAAUCGGUCGAGUUGGCGCAUUGCAAGUGUCUGCUGGAGCGUAGUGUUCGACGGGCCGAUGGUCACUCGGAUAUGUAUUAUUUCUCUCGAGAUGGUCGAGUUAAGCUGAUGGAAAUGUUGUUUACGCAGCCGGAACUGGUGCUGGCGCUAGCUGAACGCUUGCGUAAUAUUCAUUAUCUUGUCAUUAAAGCUGAGCUCUCGUAUCACAUUGAGUUGGAGAGUCUUAAGGAUGUCUUUAGUGUUCUGCGCGCAAAUAAUCCCACAUUUGAAUUUCAUGUAAUGAAAGGUGAGAAGCAUCACGUUCACCUCAAUAGUCCCGAUAAAGUGGCGGCGUGUGUAUUGCCAUAUCUACAAAUGUAUGGUGGAGGCGGCUGUAAGCUCGCUGAGGCUAAACUAUAGUUAUAACGUUUAUUUAAAAUAAUAAUAAAAAGUAUUGUAAUUUCGUUUUCCAUUA